AUGACGCCAGGGACAGUUGGCGCAGGCGCGAGCCGCAGAAAGUGCCAGAAAGGAAAACAACAAUAUCAUCGUCGUCGUCGUCGAGCGAGUGCAGUGCAUUUGACGCCUUUUUUUUAUUUUUCGUUUAUCUACGGCAGGAAAGGUUUCGGGAUUAUUUAGCGAGUUCCUUGUUUGGUUUCGUCUUCCCCCACGCUCCCCGUUGUUAGUGUUUGUUUUUCAGUUCGGCGCGUUCCUUCUCCGAUUUAGGCCUCAGGCCUCGGCCUUCUCCUUUUUCACAGCUCGGGAUAAUGAUGUCGGCAACGGGGUCGUUGAAGCGGUCUCGCUGGCAGGAAGAGGAAACGCUGGCUUCCUACCGCAUGCUGUCCCUGCACCAAAUGUUCGAGCUGGUGGGCUCGCAGCUCAGCCGGGCCGACGUCGAGGUGUUGUCCUUCCUUCUGGCCGAGGCCUAUCCGCUGGAGCGGGCGCUACGGGCCGGUGGGGAGGAAGAAGAGGACAAGAUGGAGGAGGCUGCCGAGGGCGAUGCUAAUCCCGGAACUCGCGCCCCGGCCUGGGACGAGCCCAGCUGCCGCAGUAGCGGCGUCCGCCUACUGUUCGAGUUGGAGCGCCGGGGCCUGUGUGACGAGACCAACUUCCGGCACCUGCUGCAGCUUCUCAGGGUCAUUAGCCGCCACGACCUACUGUCCUACGUGGGCCGCAGUAGGGGCACAGCAGUGUCUCCUGAGAGGUGUACUUAUAAAGGUCCUGUGUCAAAUAUUGGAGAGCAGGUGGAAAGCUGUUUCAAUUCUGCGCAUGCUGUCUCAACACGGAGCAGUUGGGAGCCAGGUGCGUCUUUGGCAAAGCGGCAUGUGGCAACCCGUAGACGAGGUCGAGGUCCUGGUAAGCGGAGAGGGCGUAAGAGAAAUAUGCACCGAAACCAUGGAAGAGAAAAUCAGACUCCCUAUCAACAGAGAGCAACCUGUGGUUGGCUCUCUUGUACAACAACUUCCUUCAUGAUGUGGCAACACAAGCUUCUGGUGUACCAUUCAAAGGUUGGUGAUAAGAGAGUCUGUGUCUCUGACAAAGGUUCAACUUUAAGGAAAUGUUCUGACACGAGAAUAGAAAAAGACAUAAGACUACGAGUGCGAGCUGUAUAUUCUGAUCAGAAUACUGUGCUCCGAGGGAACGUAGUGUCUGUGAAACAGGACCCACUGGACCGCUGUUUUGACCUCUUUGGGCAGGCGAAUACCAUCUUGAAAAGCCGGGACUUGGGAUCCAUCAUCUGUGACAUUAAGUUCUCUGAGCUCUCUUACCUGGAUGCCUUCUGGAAUGACUACAUCAACGGUUCACUGCUGGAGGCUCUGAAAGGUGUAUUUAUAACUGAUUCACUGAAGCAAGCUGUGGGGCAAGAAGCGAUCCAACUGCUUGUCAAUGUAGAUGAAGAUGAUUAUGAAAAGGGCCGAAGAGUCCUUCAAAAUAUUUGUCUGUGAGAGAUAUAGUUGGAACUGAGAUAAUUGACUAUAUUAACUGUUAAGCUAAUUAGCUUCUUUAUAUGAAGUAAAAUAAAGAGAAGUAAUUAGCC